GUUAGCUUGGUUAGCAUCGCUUCACUUCACUGUGAGUUCAGCUUCAAGGCUCAGAUCAAAUGAACCGCGGUGAGAAGACGGAGUUCAGACCUUCGAGUCACUCAGAGAACAAGACUUUAACCAGUGUUGCGGGCGAGCGGUCCAGGAAGUCUUCUUCUCUCAUGGAUAUCCAGACUGAGCUUCUUGUCCCAAAGCCACCGAAGGGCCAACAAAAACUAGUGCUCAAAUCAUGUGUGGGUAAGAUGCAUCCAGAGAAGCUGGACACUGACUCCCAGUCUCUGUGGUACUCAGGAGUGGAGGGGCUUCAGUUUGAUGAUCAAGGGAGGGUUCUUCCACACAGCAUCCUGGGUAGCCUAGAGGAUUUCAGAAGUUAUCUGGAGACUCAAGGGGAGACGGAGUUGGUGGAGCAAGUACCAAAUUCCAAGAUAGAUGCUUCAUAUGAGAUCCCUGGGAGGCAUCACUGUGAGGCUGUGGAGGAAGGGCCUGAGCUCUCUUCAGGCCAAAGGAACAUCCAGGGUAAUGCCCUGCAGAAUUGGCAAACACAUAUGACACAGCGCAGACGACAGCAGCACCAUUUAUCUGACUUGCUCCACAGACCAGUCAAGACGUUACUGAUGAACCAAGACAACCAUUUCAGAGAAACUCAGGAGCAAAAGGAAUUUCUAACCCAAGUCAUGCCACUCAUCCACUCUGGAUAUGGUUAUCGCGUGGGGAGUGAGUUCUGGGCUCUCCCUCAGCAUUAUGGGGACGAAAUGAGCGGCAUCACAGCCACUCUGACUCAGACAGAGCGGGGCAGACGGGAACCUGUCACACAUAUUGGACAACCAAGCGGCAUACAACAGGAAACGGGAAUCAGAUGUGCUAAGAAUCUGCGUCCAGCCUCUCAGCCUUGGGAGCAGAGUGCGUACCUACAGGACCAGUACCAGGAGCUGGGGGAGCUUCUACAGGACAUGGACCUUAAGAAGCCUGACCUCAGCAGACUGGAGGUGAUUGGCUUUGGCGAGCCACUCAGAUCCGUCACGGUUUGUCGAAGUCCCUCACUGGAGAGGGAAGGAGAGAAGGAGGAGCACAAGGAGGAGAAGAAGGACAACCUUGAACCACUGGCACAGAGUGAUGAAGCUCGGUCCGAUGUUCUGCUCGGUCCUGCCUUGAGGUUCUGUGGCCAGCUUGCGACGUGGACUGGAAACUCUGCCAAUAACCAGGGAGAAGUAGGAAUCAGUACCACAAUAAUGUUCGAGGCCCUGACUGGAGAAAGACCCUCUUUUCAUCUGGAGAUGCACAAUGAGGGCACCACGGCCAUUUUCUACAGCUGGCAGCAGCUUCCCAGGCAGAACAGCUUUCCUAACCUGCGACCACAAACAAAGAGUCGGCACUUCUACUUCAAUUCCUCCUCCGGCGUGAUUCUUCCAGGUGAAAUCCAGCGUGUAGAGUUUAUGUUCAAGUCAGAAAAGCCAGGAAUCGAUACGGAAGUGUGGCAGCUCAACACUCACCCUGUGCUGCUUGAAGGAGCCUCCAUGCAGGUCACAUUAAGGGGAGUGGCUCUUUACCAGGACAAAACCAAAGACCAGAGGAAUUUCAUCGAGACAAGGUUGGAAAAUACCGUCAUACUGAAAAUGUGUCGGUCCAUGGUGUGCAAGAUGGUGAGUGAGGUCCGAACCCCAGAGAGACCCAGCUCUCCUGCAGAGCUCUACAUCACUGAAGAGCAAAGGUUUCUAAACAGAAACCCAAAGUUGCAGUACCAUCAUCAGCCAGUUGAGGACCUAAAGAGACUGUGGGAAGAAGUCAAUCCAGGACACAGCUGGGAUCUCUCUGUUGUUACUCUUCGACAGGUAGAGACAAAAGCGAUGCUGUCUCUGCCUGAACAAGAGUCAUCUCAGGACACCCGAGACAAAAACUUGGCACAGCUUAACUCUCUGCUUCUGCAGCUUUCUGAACCCACUGAACUGAAUCACCGCCUUCUAACAUCAGCAGCAAUAGGACAGCAGCUGUGGAGGAGACUCUGUGACUCGAUAGAAGGUGAGGCCGUGAGCCUCAAAAAGCAGCUGGGCCUCUUCAAGACACAAACACUGGAGGAUAAACCGGAGGAAUCGCUCCUCUCUGACGCUGAUGCCGAUGAUAUGGGCAAAGAUGGGAAGAGUGAGAAAAGGGGAGCAGCAGCUGUGAAGGAAAAGAGGAGAGAGACGAGAUCCAGAGCAAAUGAAGGCACCAGGUCACCAACAUCUGACAAAACAGGGGAGGAGAGCAAAAGGAAGGGGAAAAGGAGAGACGAAGUGGGAAAGCGGAGCAAGGAAAAGCAAGGGAAGGAGUCUGUCCCACUGCCGGAAACCAGUCCUGAAAGCAACAUCCAGGAACUUCCUGUUGAAGUGGAGCAGAGGAUGAUGAAGAUUUACAAAAAGCUCCUGCACGAAAAGGUUUACGCUCUGAUGGAAGACCUGGUGGACACCAUGUGCGACCUGAUAGAUGAGGGCAAUGAAUCAUAGGAGCUCUACUGAAUAUGACCAACCCGUUGUGAUGACAUAUGUCAAAUGUGAUUCCCAAAUCUCUCUCUCUCUCUCGUUACACUUUGAUCUCUUGUGAAAUCAAUAAAGGUUUUUUA